UUGACGUAAAUCUGUGGAGAAAAAAACGAACGGACGGUCCUUGAUCGUCUCCAUCCUGGAAACGUUCGACAAAAUAACGGAACUUCUCGUUUCUGGCGAGCUUCUGGAGGUCGUGUCCAACAAAAUGUCGGCUGUGUUCUCUGCUGGAGGCCAUCGCUGGUGAAAAAGUUUAAAGAUUAAAAGGUUGAGCUGUGGCCUCCACAGAUGUGGCCUCCGCCUCCUCUCAGACUCCUGUUCAUGAAGGCUGAAGAUGUCUCUGUGAGCGAGCGCCUGUGGAUGUGCCUGGACGGAUGACAGGACUGUAGCAGACAUGGAGACAGGAGAGACGCACAAACACAUGGACACGCCAUAUUUCCAAAGCCACUAUUCUCCACAUUAAACCCCCUCAGGACAAGAGAAGACAAUAUUUUUCUAGUGUUUUCUACUCAGAGUUUCUUUUUUGUUACUGACCGUGAAGCCAUACUCAACUAGACGUCAGGAUGAGCUCAGAGGGUUUUCAGUACCGAGCUCUGUACGAGUACAAGAAGGAGCGGGAAGAGGACAUUGACCUGCAUGUGGGGGACAUGCUGCUGGUCAGUAAGGGAGCGCUGCUGGCCCUCGGCUGCAGCAACGGAGCCGAAGAGCGCCCGUCUGAAAUUGGCUGGCUGCCAGGCUUCAACGAGACCACACAGGAAAAAGGAGACUUCCCGGGCACGUACGUGGAGUUCGUUGGGAGGAAGAGGAUCUCUCCGCCCACUCCAAAGCCCCGCCCUCCCAGACCACCAUCAGCGGCGUCGGUCCGGACCGACUCCGAGUCCGAGAGCUUUGUGUUACCAGACCUCCCCGAGCAGUUCGGCCCCCCGGACACGGCCCCCCCGGUCCUCAGCAGACUGAUGGAGCUCAUAGAGACUAAAGGUCUGGACAGCCCCGGGGUUUACCGCAGCAUGAGUGGAGGAGUUCUGGACACCCGACACCUGGCCGACACCGAUCUGGAGCAGCUGGACGUCCCCUCUCUGUGUGACGGGGUGGUCCGGUUCCUGCAGGACCUCCCUGGUCCCGUCCUGCCCCCUUCGCUGCAGGCCGACAUGAUCCACACGGUCCAAGAGGUUCGAGACCCGGAGGACUGCGCUCAGGUGCUGCGGGGCGUGGCCAGUUCUCCCGCCUGCCCCGCCCAGUACGGUUUGACGCUGCUCAGCGUGGUCCGACACGUGGCCCGUCUGUGUCUGCACGGCUCCAGGAACCAGCUGAGCCCCCGGACCGUGGCCGAGAACUUCAGCCCGCUGCUGUUCAGACAGACGUCUGGGUCUGAGUCUGAUGUGGAUCCGCUGGUCCAGGUCCUGGAGGUUCUGAUAAGCAGUGAACUCAACAUGAACCAAGCAGCACCAGCUUUACCUCCCAAACCCGUGAAGUCGUCCACUCCUGCAGCUUCCAGCAUGUUCAACAACAGCAUGUCUCUGCAGGACGCUGAGUGGUACUGGGGGGACAUCUCCAGGGAGGAGGUGAACGAGAAGCUGAGGGACACUGCUGACGGUACGUUCCUGGUCCGAGACGCCUCCACCAAGAUGCACGGAGACUACACCCUGACUCUGAGGAAAGGAGGCAACAACAAACUGAUAAAGAUCUUCCACCGGGAGGGGAAGUACGGCUUCUCCGACCCGCUGACCUUCAGCUCGGUGGUGGAGCUGAUAAAUCAUUACCGCCACGAGUCUCUGGCCCAGUACAACCCCAAACUGGACGUGAAGCUGCUCUACCCGGUCUCCAAACACCAGCAGGAUCAGGUGGUGAAGGAGGACAGCAUCGAAGCCGUGGGCAAGAAGCUGCACGAGUACCACCUGCAGUACCAGGAGAAGAACCGCGAGUACGACCGUCUGUACGAGGAGUACACCAGGACCUCCCAGGAGAUCCAGAUGAAGAGGACGGCCAUCGAGGCCUUCAACGAGACCAUAAAGAUCUUCGAGGAGCAGUGUCAGACUCAGGAGCGCUUCAGCAAAGAGUACAUCGAGAAGUUCCGCCGUGACGGCAACGACAAGGAGAUCCAGAGGAUCAUGGAGAACUACGAGAAGCUGAAGUCUCGGAUCAGUGAGAUCGUGGACAGCAAGCGGCACCUGGAGGUGGACCUGAAGAAGCAGGCCGCCGACAACCGGGAGAUCGACAAGAAGAUGAACAGCAUCAAACCGGACCUGAUCCAGCUCCGCAAGACCAGGGACCAGUACCUCAUGUGGCUGACCCAGAAAGGAGUCCGGCAGAGGAAACUGAACGAGUGGCUCGGACUGAAGAACGAAACCACCGAGGAUGAGUACAGCAUGGUGGAGGAUGAGGAGGACCUUCCUCAUCACGACGAGCGUUUGUGGCGCCUCGGGAACAUCAACCGCGGUCAGGCCGAAGCUCUGCUGCGAGGGAAGAGGGACGGGACCUUCCUGGUCCGGGACAGCAGCAAACCGGGCUGCUACGCCUGCUCCGUGAUGGUGGACGGCGAGGUGAAGCACUGCGUCAUCAACAAGACGAGCACCGGCUUCGGCUUCGCCGAGCCCUACAACCUGUACGGGUCUCUGAAGGAGCUGGUUCUGCACUACCAGCACACCUCGCUGGUCCAGCACAACGACUCGCUCAACGUCACGCUGGCCUUCCCCGUCUACAGCCAGCAGAGGCGGUGACCCCGCCCACAUCACCCCGCCCAUCACCUGUCGCAUCACGUGACCCCGCCCCUGAGCUGCAGAUCACUGUGGAUCAGAACCGAGACCAAUGAAACGUUUUACUGUGAAAGUCCAAAACUGAAGCUUUAACUUCCUGUCAGGAUGAAACUGCUCAGCCCGGUUCUGUCAGCAACCAGAACCGCCCCGCAGACAAACGGUUCUGUUGAUCUGGUGCUGAAGAGACGAGGUCCGGAUCACAAGGGACCAGUUUUUGGACUGAUCAGACUGUUGGUGCAGCCUCUCAGAGCUUUUAUCUUUCAAAUUUAUAAAUUAUUUCAUAAAAACAUUUAAAAAACUGUUGAAACAAAAAUACGAGCACAAGAUUUAAAGAGUGAAAUUUAACAAGUUAAUAAAACAUCUUAACGCUUC